GGGGGGCGGGGCCGCUCCCGGGUUAAGGAUGGCUGGCGAGCUCGAGCGCUCCAAGCCUCUGAUCGGGCUGCUCAGCGGGCUGGCCCAGGACACUUUCCAUGGGGCCACGGGCGUCACCGAGGAGCUGCUGCGGACGCAGCUCUAUCCCGAGGUGUCUCCGGAGGAGUUCCGUCCCUUUCUGGCGAAGAUGAGGGGGAUUCUUAAGUCGAUUGCAUCAGCAGAUAUGGAUUUUAACCAGCUGGAGACAUUCCUGACCGCUCAAACCAAAAAGCAAGGUGGGAUCACAUCUGAACAAGCUGCUCUCAUCUCCAAAUUCUGGAGGAACCAAAAGGGAAGAAUCCGAGAGAGUCUCAUGAACCAGAGUUGCUGGGAUAAUAGGCUUCGGGGUCUGAGCUGGAGAGUGGAUAACAAAUCACAAUCAAGGCAUUCAGCUCAAAUACACACACCUGUUGCCAUCAUGGAACUGGAAUUUGGCAAAAGCGGACAGAAAUCAGAAUUUCUGUAUUUGGAAAUGGAUGAAGUCAAGGUCAACCAAGUCUUGAAGAAGCUCUCUGAGGUAGAAGAAAGUAUCAACACACUGAUGCAGACAGCCUAACUGAAGAUGAAACUGCUGAGGCAAAGGUGUUCCUGACCCAUCCCCACUGAUUUGUUUAAGAAAACUAAAGCUUAUUUUCCAGUUUGUAUUAAAUCCUCAAAUUCAAAUCAUG